AUGAAUAGUGAACUAAACCAAAAUCCUUUUCAACAAACUAAAUUUUCUCGCGAUACUAGUAUAAAAAAAAUAAUCAACGAAUUUUCUAGUUUCUCCCAAGAAAGGUUAAAAGUAGAAAAUAAAGCAGUGAAUAUUGCUGGAAGAAUAAUAAACAGGAUAAGAAGUUUUGGUAGUUUAAUUUUUGCUGAUUUAGCCGAUCAGAACGGAGUUAUUCAGUUGAAAGUUCAGAAUGAGAAUUUUUCCAAGAUAGGUAUAGGAGACAUUAUUGGAGUAACAGGAGUGGUUUGUAAAACUAACGCACAAAAAGACAAACAAGAAUUAAGCAUAGGGGUAGAAAAAUUUGUUAUCUUAGCCAAAUGCCAAAAUCCUCUUCCUGACACCGCUCACUUCAAACUUAAAGACACCGAGAAAAGAUUUCGCAGCCGAUAUUUGGAUUUUAUUGUUAAUUCAAAAAAUAGAGAAAUUUUUUUUGUUCGCCACAAAGUGAUCCAAAAUAUACGCCGGUUUUUAGAUCAGAGAGGAUUUAUCGAAAUCGAAACACCUGUUUUGGUUUCUGAAGCAUCUGGAGCCCAAGCAAAACCUUUUAUUACUAAACAUAACAGACUACAUCGCGAUUUUUAUUUGCGAAUUGCUACUGAAAUCCCCUUAAAAAAACUGCUAGUUGGAGGAUUUGAUAAAGUUUAUGAAAUUGGUCGAAUAUUUCGAAAUGAAGGGAUAGAUGCUCGUCAUAACCCAGAAUUCACCAGUAUUGAAGUCUAUCAGGCUUAUGAAAAUGCUGAACAUAUGAUGAAUUUAACUGAAGAGUUAUUUCACUAUUUAUCUGAAGAAGUUCUCAAAAAGGAGGAAUUUGAGUUUAAAUUAAAAGAAGAAGAGGGCGAAAAGGAGAUUUCUCAUGUGAUUAGUUUUCAAAAUCCUUUUCGAAGGAUAUCAAUGGUAGAAGCAAUUAAAGAACACACGAACAUCGACUUUUCCCAAAUAAAUAACUUAGAAGAAGCCUUGGAAUUAGUCCAAAAACAUAAUUUAAAACUAGAAAAGUUUCAGAAAAGCCUUGGGCAAAUUAUUUUAGCCUUUUUUGAAGAAUAUGUAGAAAAAAAGUUAAUUCAGCCGACUUUCAUUUAUGAUUACCCGAUAAAAGUUUCGCCCCUAGCCAAAAGCAAAAUAGAUAAUGAAGAAAUUGCUGACAGAUUUGAAUUAUAUAUUGGGGGAUUAGAAUUCGCUAAUGGUUAUAGUGAGUUAAAUGACCCUAUCGAACAAAAAAAAAGAUUUGAAGAGCAAACUAAACAAAAAGAGUUAGGGAAUGAAGAAAUUGCCAGUUUUGAUAAGGAAUUUUUGGAAGCCUUGGAGUAUGGAAUGCCACCGGCCGGAGGAUUAGGAAUUGGGAUAGACAGAUUAAUCAUGUUAUUUACUGGUCAAAAUAGCAUUAAAGAGGACCCUAAAAUCAAAGAAAUAUUAGACAGUGCUUUUCGUAAAAUAGAAGAUGAAAAUAAUUUAGAAAAUAUUUUUCCUAAAAUCUAUGCUAAUUUAGAAGUAGAUAACAGCAAACUUGAAAGAUUAAUUGAUAUUUAUGCUAACAAACUGCCUAGUUUGGGAGAUAGCGAUGCCAUUGGACAAAUUUACGAAUAUUUUUUGAAAGAAUUUGCUUUAACUUCGGGCCAAAAAGGAGGAGAAUUUUAUACUCCGCGAUGCGUAGUAGAAUUGUUGGUUAAUUUAAUUCAACCUUUCAAAGGAAGAAUUUAUGACCCUUGUUGCGGUAGCGGCGGAAUGUUUAUUAAAGCUAUCGAGUUUGUGAAUCAAUACAAAGAAAAAAAUGAAAUUGAUUUGGGCAACAGCAAACUAAAAGAAAACGGAGUGGCUGCUGUCGUUAUGGCCAAUAACUCUGUAAGUAGUGCUAAGCAAGAAAAGAAAAUUAGGCAGAAAUUUAUUGAAGAAAAUCUAAUUGAUGGGAUAGUUCAACUUCCUGACAAACUUUUUUAUACUACUGGGAUAUCGGCAGAGGAAGAACCACAAGAUCCUCAGAAGUUAAAGAAAGAAAUUAAAAAACUGAGCUCGGAACUAUUGGAAACUUUUCAAAAAUUAGAGACCGAAAAGAAAGAAAUAGAAGAAUUGUUAACUAAAUUGAAAAAGGAUGGAGAAACUUCUCUUUAUAAAAAUUCUACUAUUGUUGUUAUUACUGACCGCAAUGCCUUGGAUGAGCAAAUCACCAAAAAAUUCCGUCAGGUGAAUCUUUUUUUUAACCAAGAAAUAGUUGCCAUUGAGAACCGCAAAGAUUUACAGGAAACUUUAAAAAAGAAAAAACAAGGAGGAAUUAUUUUUCAUACCAUUCAAAAAGGCGAUAGACUAACUGCUACUCCUAUUGAGGAUAAUGACCGCUCUACUUUUCAAGUUUUUGGUCCGAUUAUUCACCAUUACACCCGAGAAGAAGCAGUAGAGGAUAAAUUAACCGUAAAGAUUAUUUGCUAUAACCAGUUUGUUCCUUUUCAUAAAGAAAAAACGACAGUAAAGGGAAUUUUUGAAGACGAUGAGUAUUUGGCUAAGGUAAUUGGUAAGUUUUAUCAGCAUUAUUUAACAGUUCUUCCGCAGGUUGUCUGCGAUAAGGCUAUUAUUGUAGCAGGAAGUAAAGUGGCUGCCUGUAAAAUGUACCAGUUAUUACAAGAAAGAGUGAUUGAGGGACAGAAAAAUAUACUUUAUAAUAAAGUAAAAAUUGAUAUCAGUGAUGUAACCAGCGAGGAAAACAAUGAUUACCUUCAAGAAAUGAGAAACAUCAUCGAGCAAACUGUUAUGAGAGUUAACCGGCGUUAUCCGAGUAAGAGACAAGGAAUAAUUGUUGAUUUUGUUGGUCUGGGAAAAAAUUUAAAGAAAAUCAAUACUAUUAUCAAUUAUGAAGAAUUGUCUAAACUAGCCCAAGAAGCACUUCAAGAAUUAGAAAAGAAAUUGCCAGACUGA